AUGGCCGGCGAAUCUUUGGUGACGAAGGUGAUGCAAGCGGGGAGUGGAACGCUUCGAGGUGAAUACGAUCUUCCCGUGGGCACGCCUGUCGAAUUCAAGACUUCACUCGGAGCGCACAUCCAAGGACAAGUCGCGUGCUUCGAUCCGGUAUCCAAGAUCCUUGCCAUCAAGGACACCACGACAAGCAAGCCGAAAAAGAUGAAUGAUUGUUAUGUGGGUGCGGCGACGGGUUGUUUGAAAGCACUUUCAUUGAGCGAUAACGCCUUUCUCAACUUGAACAACUUGAAAGAUUUGGACCCGAAACGUGAUGAAAUCACGAGAAUGGUUUUUGGGGACAGUGAACAGAAUCAGCUGCUCUUCUCAACGUCAAGUCGAGAAAUCCGAGCAUUCGAUACAACGAGCUGCCAGUCGAGCAAACUUUUUGAUGUCUCAAAUGGAGCAGAACGGCUUAAUGGACUCUACUUGACGCCAAACGAUCAACUUGUGGUCUCCGAUGCGGCUGGUCACGUUACGCUGCACGACAGAAAAGGACAAGAAUUGAGCGCGUUCAAGGGAGGGCAAGGUCUCCUCUGUUUACAUGGUGACGGUGAUCGAAUAGCUGUUGGUGGAAAAUCGUGUCCGGCUAAAGUUUUCAACCUCGAGAAGUCGGAUGAACCGAUUUGGAUUUCAAAAAAUGUACCACCAGACAAUCUCGCGAUUAACGUACCAAUAUGGGAUAUGGAUAUUCGAUUGGUGCCUGACUCGGAGACGUUGAUCACCGGGACUGGAACACAUAUGAUUCGAAUGUAUGACAUGAGGGCUCAGAGGCGUCCCGUGCGACAAGUAGAAUGGAUGGAAUCUCCAGUGACAGCUCUUUCUCUCUCAUACAGAGAUCAUCAGGUAUUUGCUGGCAACACGAUUGGCGAAUUUGGACUCUUUGAUUUACGAGGAAAAACAAAAAUCAUGCUUGUGUGCAAGCUCAAGGGUCAAGCCGGGGCGAUUCGUGCAAUUUAUGGUCAUCCUACUGCUCCAUAUGUUGCGAGUUGUGGCAUUGAUAGAUUCGCACGGGUGCACGACAUGAAUUCGAAGAAACUCGUUAGCAAGGUUUACUGCAAAGCUCGCCUCAAUUGUGUUCUACUCCGGGAUGGACUCUCGAUCAUGAAACCAGAGAAAAAGGAAGAAGAGGACGUGGAUGGAGAUUGGGAGCAAAUAAAAGAAGCGAAAGCCGAGAAUGAAAGCGGAUCGGAAUCGGAUGGAGAAGGCAGUGAUAUUUGGGAUGAAAUAGACGAUGAAGACGAGAGUGGUUCCGAUCAAGGCGAUGAAGAACAAUCCAAUAACGAAAAUGAUAUGGAUUCCAGUGACAGUGAACAGGGAUUGCCGUCACCUCCAACGAAAAAACGACGUGUGACCACAAAAAAACCAGCAGAAGCAGAGGUCAAAGAAGAGAUGUCGAGUGGUGAUGAGGACGAUGAUGUUAAGGUCAUUUCGGCCACGAAAAGAAAAGCUAACCCGCCAAAGCCCAUCUACAAAGGAUCUACAAAAGUGAAGCAAGGAAAAAGAAAA